AUGUCAUUAUUUUAUUUGGAAGAUUCUAGGGUAUAUCAGCAUCAUUGUAGGAUCAAUGGAAGGUACCACACAUCCUCUAAAGACCUCACUUUUGUGGGGCUAUUCAACAGAAAGGAAACCGCAGGCCUUCUUUUUGCCAUCAUUUCUAUCAUCGUUUUUACCUCAUUGAUGGCCAAUGGGAUCAUGAUCUUCCUGAUCUGCUCUGAUUUGUGCCUGCACCCCAUGUACUUCCUCCUCAGCCACCUCUCCUUCAUUGACAUGAUGUACAUCUCCACCAUCAUGCCCAAGAUGCUGGUUGAUUACCUCCUCGGUCAAAGGAUCAUUUCCUUUGUGGGGUGCAUGGCUCAACACUUUCUCUACCUUACCCUUGUGGGAGCUGAAUUCUUCCUGCUGGGAUUCAUGGCCUAUGACCACUAUGUGGCCAUCUGCAACCCUCUGAGAUACCUUGUCCACAUGAGCCAAUGGGUGUGUUGGAUGAUCAUGGCAGGUUCUUACUUGUUUUCUCUUCUGGAUGGAAUCCUCUUAACCCCCAUCACCAUGAGUUUUCCCUUCUGCAAUUCCUGGGAGAUUAACCAUUUCUUCUAUGAGGCGCCCAUGGUCCUGAAGUUGGCAUGUGCAGACACAGCCCUCUAUGAGACAGUGAUGUAUGUGUGCUGUGUUUUGAUGCUACUGAUUCCUUUCUCUGUGGUGAUUGCUUCCUAUGCCCAAAUCCUGACCACCAUCUACCACAUGAGUUCAGUGGAGGGGAGGAAGAAGGCAUUUGCCACCUGUUCCUCUCGCAUGACUGUGGUGACUUUGUUCUAUGGGGCUGCCAUGUAUACCUACAUGGUGCCACACUCUUACGACACAGUGGCCCAGGACAAAGUCUUCUCUGUGUUCUACACUAUCCUCACCCCCGUGCUACCCCUCAUCUACAGCUUGAGAAAGAAAGACGUGACUGGAGCUCUGAAGAGGGUGCUGGGGAAGAUCAAGUGUUCUCAAAGAGUAUUAGGAGAGGCCUUUUGA